AUGUUGAUUUGGGUUUGUUUUAAACGUUACAAGCUGCACUUUCGGUCGCAUUCCUUCCAAAUGUCUAUGGCACGUUACGACAGGCAGAUCGGAGGUUAUCGUAUAUUCAUAGGAGGAAUAGAUCCCCGUGUUGGUAAGGUAGACCUCGAGCGAGAGUUCGACCGCUUCGGUCCCGUUGUCGACGUUUGGGUGGCUCGCAAUCCCCCGGGCUUUGCUUUCCUGGUCUUUAAGUACUCGGAGGAUGCUGAAAAAGCCGUUCGCAGAAUGGACGGAAGCCGUCCCUUCGGCACCCGCCUAAGAGUUGAGCACGCCGUCAACACCUCCAGACGCGGGCAGAAUAAACCCGCAUGGCCAAGGCCUGUCCAUACGACUGCGUUCUCGCGCUACCUACGUCACUACCUCCUAGACACCUGUCUCCGCUUCACCGUUUCGCAUUCGUUUCGCCCUCUCCCCUCCGCUACUACACUUCCCCAGCCAGAGGCGUCGUUCUGCCCCUGCCUGUCUGCGCAACAACGCUUUUCUCCGAUUUUUACACUCAUUUCUCGCCUUCGUGGCUUCUCUCGGUCUAGAUCGAGGUCUAGGUCGCGCUCGCGCUCACGCUCCAGGAGGUCCAGCCCGAAGCGUUCUAGAUCUCGGGGUUCAAAUAGGCGUCGCCCAAAGAGGUCCCCGACCAAAAGUCGCAGUCGGAGCCGUGAUCAUCCGCGUGAACGGGAUCGCCCAAAACGCAGGUCUAGGGAGCGUUCAGACGAUAGGCACCGAUGUUCAUCCAAUUCAAUUUCACGUGACAGAAGAAAAAAAAGGGAUUCGGGUGAACGCGAAGAAUCACGAAACCUUCAGCAUCGUCGUUCUUCAUCCGGUCGUCGCCGCUCCGAUAGAAAUGGAAGGGAAGAUUCCCGCUCUUCGCGCCGUUCACCUGUGAGGGACAUCCGUGAAAUGCCGAAGGGCAGACGGACUCGCAGCCGAUCCCGCACGCGGUCUCGAAGUUUGAGAUCCCGCUCCAUGACCCAUGAUGCCUCUCCAAACCGCCAACGGAGCAAUUCAUACAGAGAACGAAGUCUCGAUCAUAGGGACCGCAGGGAUAGCAAUGAACCACGUUCAGGCGAAGAUGGCUAUGGAUCCCACUCUAGAUCGGGCUCUAGGACCCGCUCGCAUACUCGUGAAGGGUCUGGUCGGUCUCGGACCCUUUCUGACAGACAUGAAUCUGGCGAUGAAGUUGGCACCCACAGUGAUCACAGCGAAGAUUGA